AUGAGUUUUCCUGAUCCUGCACAACAACCACCACUUCCUCCAUUUCUUCCUCUACCUUUUGCCGGUGGAGAUGUUGAUAGGUUUUGGCCUACACCUCCUAUGAAUGGAGCUGUUUCUCAAUUUGAGCAUCCCCCUCCCUUCAAGAGACCAAUGAGCCUUGAAAACAAUCCAUCAAGUUUUGCACCCUUUGCACAAAUGAAAUCCCAUGAUGACAUUUCUAAAUCCUCGGAGACUAAAGGAACGGGCCAUAUAUUUUACAAGACUCGUAUUUGUGCGAAAUUCUCCGAAGGCACCUGCAAGAAUGGGGAGCAUUGCACAUAUGCUCAUGGUGUUGAAGAUUUACGGAAUCCCCCUCCAAAUUGGCAAGAACUUGUUCGAGGAAAGAAGAGAGGCACCGAGAAUUUUAGUGAUGAUCAAAGAAUGACACACAGGACGAAAAUUUGCUAUUUGUUUUACAAUGGGCUUGAGUGUCGAUAUGGAAAGAAAUGCAAAUUUCUUCAUGAACGUCCAAUGAAAUUUUUGACUGACAUUUCAAAGCAAAAGAGAGAGAGUGUUGUUGUAAGUAUUGGAACUACGAGGCCUGAUUUGAUAAAUAAAAGUGAUUAUGCUCAGCCUGAUUAUGGUAAGAAUGUUAGCAACAGUUCUGAUAAUUUCCAAGCAAAGACAGCAUUUCGGAAAAUGAAACUAGGUUGCAAAUGGGAGAUCGGCCAAUGCCCUUCUGGAGAAACAUGUCAUUUUGCUCAUGACAAGUCAGGUAUAUUUAGUCUCUCGUAUUCCAAUUUAAAGCUUUCUUUUUGGGUUUAGUUCAAUACAAUU